AUUUUUCAAUGAAAGUAACUGUUAUUUCAAAUGUGUCCACUGGGGGUCGCACACAACACUGUCAAGCAAGCAAACUGUUGAUGCUGAGCUGCCGGUGAAGAACUCCUGGAGCUGGCGGGUUCUGUCAACAUUACACUCUGUGGCACCGUCAUUACACAACAUGUCUUUGUCAAAAAAGGAGAAAAGUGGACACGGAGUGAAGAGUUUUCUAAGACAAAUGGACCGUUUCCUAUUUAUUCACAGAGCAGAGGAUGUCAUUUCGAUGGCCGACUCCACAAUUACAAUCGAGGACAUUGAAGGAGAGCUUUGCAAAAUUGAGCGGAUAAGAGACAUCCUCGUACGGAGGGAAUCGGAGCUGAGAUACAUGAUGGAUGACAUCCAGCUCUGCAAAGAAAUCACAAGGCUGAAGACGGAUCUGCAGAUACUUGUCUCAAUUCCAGACAAUGACAAGUCCAAGGACGACCGAAAGUGGGAAGAGGAGCUGCUGCAGCAAAUCAACAAGCUGGUGGAGACCAGAGACUUCCUCGUGGAUGAUGUGGAGUUUGAAAGGCUGAGGGAAAGAGAGGAAGACAGAGAAAUGGCAGCCUUCUUACAAUCCAAAUUUCCCAAGACAUUGGCUACAAAAGCAGGUGCUCUGCCAGAUCAAAAGGUGGCGUCCAAAUCCCAGCAGACUUCAUUUUUCACUAAAACUAGACAUACACUACUGAAGGACUGCUGCGGCUUCACCUGCUCCAUCAUGUAACGCUGUCGGACGAAAACGUGUGUGUGUGUGUGUGUGUGUGUGUGUGUGUGUGUGUGUGUGUGUGUGUGUGUGUGUGUGUGUGUGUGUGUGUGUGUGUGUGUGUGUCCCAGCAAUGUCAUGUAUAUGUUGCAUAUCUUCCCUACGAAGGAAGAUUAUCUGCAUUAAUCUUCAUAUGCUCGUAUGCAUAUCAGUUAAGAGUUGUUUAUUAGGAUAUAAUAUGUGAUUUGCUUCUGUAAAAUAGUGUCUAGUCUUGCAGAGGGGAGGCUGGCUGGCUUGUAGAUAAACUGAUGCUUUUUGUCCAAUUAAAGUAAUUAGAUAUUAUUAUGGCUGCUCUGAAUAUCUAUUUGUGAGGUAAUGUGUGUGGUAAGAGUAGACACUGAGGGAAAAAACUACACGCACUGAAGUACUGUAGCACAGUACUAUAAUAAUACUUUUGGGACUGCAUUUAGUGAUUUCUUUCGUAGUUGAUAUGUUUAAAAUAUUUUUGUUUUAUUUUUCAGUUAAUCAUUUGGUGCAUUAAAUGGUUCUGUUCGCAGUAGCAGCACAUCAGAGGAGAGAUGCAGUAUAUUGAUGUAAGAUGACAAUUUUAUGAAUAAAAGAAAAAUGCAGGAAA